AUGUUAUGUAUAGUUCUCCUUAUUAACUUAUUAUUAGCCAUGCUUGUCAGAUGUACAAUGUCUGGAUUCUCUAAUGACGGUAAUCCUGAAAUAUCUAAGCGAUUCAUCAGCUGGUUUUUCAUGACAAAAUUGCCUAUUAUGUUCAGGACAAGAUCUAAAACAGCAAGCAUACAGACGAAUACGGCUGUUGUUGACGAUAAACCAAAUGAACUUUCGGAAAAUGAAGUGAUUAGGCAGUAUAGAAAAAAGAAAAACAAAAAGAACAUAUUAGGAAAUCCAAUAUUUGAUGACAACGGAAAUUUAAUCAUAUUAAAUCAUAACAGGAAAGAUAACAAUAAUGUUAAGGAUAGAGCUGGUAGAAGUGCCGACAAUAUGAAGAGAAAUAUUGCAUCUGCCAGCACAGUAUUUCAUAGAAAAGUACCCGAUGAUGAAAAAAUAGUUCUUUUUAAACGACAAGAUAAGCUUUUGCAGAAUCCAAGAAAGCAGAAGCGAAACGAUGUAGAAGGAGAAUUAUAUACAGAAUCUGUAUAUAGAGGAAACUUAAAAACAAAAUUCAAUAAAGACGAACAACGGGUUCACAUUCAAGAUCACAGUUCUUCGUCUGAUAGUAGUACGACAAACUUUGAUUCUUCACAUUAUGACGAACCCACGCGAGAGGAAACCUAUUCAGUACCGCUUUCGGAAAGAGAAAUGAUUAACAAGUGCUAUCAAUCCAAACCACACGAAAGAAAAACAUGUGAAAUUUCAAUGUAUCAAAUUCCAAAUAGUGCGCAAAUCAAUCCUGCAGUUCCCAUUAAUGGAUUGAACGACACAAGCCAUUGCUUUGCUAUGCAGAAUAAUCGAGGGAUUCGGAAUUCUAUCAUUGAAGCACCUACAUACACGGGUCGCAAUGAUGUAAAUUUUAAUAGUGAAUAGUAAACGUACAA